AUGGAAGUCGGCGGCGUGCAAGUUCAACAUCAACCGUCCUCCAAUCAGUCCUGGAAGAACACAAGUAGCCCAAACGGUGACCAAGGUAAACGAAGGGACAGUAAUAGUAGCAAGUCUAGACCUGUUAACUUAAAGUCUAUUAACGUGGAACGUGCCCAAGAUAUGAGUCAAACUCCAAAGACUGCUGGAGUACAACCUCUUCGAACUCCAAAAACUGCUCAGUUCCCUAGGCUAAACCAAACAAAUCAACAGCAAGUAUAUGCCAUGACACCAAAGGUUGCAAAAUCUGCCUCACAACAACAGCAAAUAAAUUCGUCCAAGUCUUCACCUCCGCAGACUGUGUUCAUUUCUAAUUCCCCACCACAGCCUUACAGUUUGUCUAGGAGCCCUCCAAAGAACGUUAAUGAGUCUGUUGUACCCAAACAAAAGACAGUUUCAGCUAGACCUACUCCAAAGCCACUCAAUUUGUCAAAGUCCUCUCAAGUUCCAAAUUUAGGAAGAGUUCCUCAGACAGCAACUUUCCCGCCAAAAGUGAAUAGAGCCCUAAAUCUUCCAAACCCUCCUAAGACUGCUACUUUUCCGUCGAAAUCAGGAUUCCCAAAAGAUACUAGACAGUCUAUUAGAGUAUCUCAAUCGCCCUCUAUUCAUCAACCUAACUAUGCUUUCGUUUAUAAUGAGCCAGCUUACAUUCAAGCUGUGGAACAACCUCGCUUUAGACAAUAUGGCAACGCACCCGCCCCCGUUAGAUUUGUUACAGCAGACUAUCGUCAAGUUGGUCCAGGUACGCCAGUUGUGGUCUUAAGUCAUCCUGAAGACUCUGAUUCUCAAGGAUCCGGAUCAACACCACCAACCCCUGGUUACGGAGUCCCUGAAGGGUUUACUGGCGCAGAUAUUUACGAUUUGUAUCCAAUGCAAUACGAAGAGGAGGCCGAGGAAGGCCAAUAUGUCUAUUAUUACUACGAUUAUUCGCAACAAGAUUAUACUCCUCAGACUCCCACAGGAAUAUCACAUCAACAGACACGUCCAUCUACUGUAAAAGAAGAAAGACGUAGAAGUGUGUUCGGGGGGCCGAUGAAAGUCCACCCAGAUGCAGUACUUCCAGUUCGUCAACCUAAAGGUCCUGAUAUGGCUAAGAAUUUUGCCACUCGCAUUCGUCGUAAAGCUGUUAGUAAAUUGUAUGCUGCUGCUGCUGAAAGGCGAAGUAAAUCGGCUGCCGAUAGAAGGAAAUCUGCUAUGUUCUGA